AUGCGGAGUGAGGAGCAUCCGACUCGAAUACAUUCACAGCAAAGUCAUCCAUCACGGAGAACAUUCACCCGCCCUCGAUGUAAUCCACAGCAAGAGGGACCACCGUGUGUCAGUCGGCAGCCACCACCGAUUAAUACUCAAUCGAGAUACGCAGGUCCAAAUCACUCUGGUGAAAAUGUUGCACCGCGAUCGCGGGACGAUCAUAGACUAGCUAAACGGGGUCCUCAACGUUCUUCGGCCGUUCCACAAACAUCGGGCUAUCGACCAGAUCCGAUCGACAUCAUGAAUCCUCCUCACCAAAAUGAACGGGUCCUAGACGCUACAGUUCAAAGCUCCGGUCACAAUUUGACUUUCGUGACAGAUGCCUUCGGAAAUCCCACGGGUUUAUUCAUGGACGACGGUUUGAUCAAUCCGAAAGAUGCACAGUUUCAUCCAGGUGCCGUAUCCUAUUCACUCUGA